AUGACUGAUGAAUCGAUACAAGAUUUAUUCUACUUGAUAGACCAAUCAAAAAAAUACAAACCAACAAAUCCAACACCAUUAAACAAUCUAAUAAAACAAUAUAAUUUAGAAAAUUUAACAGCUUCAUUAUCAAGAACCAAACCAGAUGGAUCAAAAAAUGUAAAACUACGAAAAUCAUAUAAAGCUCAUAUUCAAGAUCUUCCAGGAAAACAUUCAAUUCCUUCAAAUUCAAAUUUAGAAAAAUUACAUAAUUUAUUAGAUCCAAAUUUAUCAUCAAUUACUCAACCAAUAAACCCAAUAGAUUCAAACUUAUUAAACAAUGCAAUAAAAUUUGAUAAAACUCCUAUAAAUGGUAUACCAGGUUUUAAUGUUGUUGAUUUAGCUAUUAAUGAUCAAAGUAUAUUAAUGAGAAGUGAUGAAAUUGAUGAAUUUGAUGAAAAUAAAAGUAAUAAAAGGAAAAAGAAACAAUUGAAUAAAGAUGAAUUUAAAAGACAACAUAUAUAG